GGAUCUUUGGGAUUAUGACCAAUAACACACGUUUGUUCUUUUGAGGCUAAUUACAAUGUCAGACUGUAAAUAGAGCAGCCGCUAGGCGGGUGUUACUUAUUCUCUCGUAGCUCACUCGAGCAGCAACACCAUGCCUGAACCAGCUAAAACUGCACCCAAGAAGGGAUCCAAGAAAGCCGUGACCAAGACGGCAGGGAAAGGCGGCAAGAAGCGCAGAAAGACCAGGAAGGAGAGUUACGCCAUCUACGUGUACAAAGUCCUGAAGCAGGUGCACCCUGAUACCGGGAUCUCCUCUAAGGCCAUGGGCAUCAUGAACUCGUUCGUCAACGACAUCUUCGAGCGCAUCGCCGGUGAGUCUUCUCGUCUGGCUCACUACAACAAGCGCUCCACCAUCACCUCUAGGGAGAUCCAGACUGCCGUGCGUCUGUUGCUUCCCGGAGAGUUGGCCAAGCACGCCGUGUCUGAGGGCACAAAGGCCGUCACUAAGUACACCAGCUCCAAGUAAAGCGCCUUACCGCCGUCUUUAUCAACACAAAGGCUCUUUUAAGAGCCACC